UUAUUACUUGGCCGCAGCGCGAGGGAGGCGGUUGGUGGUGUUUGAGGUUGGUGAGGGCGAAGCUGCUGUAGCCAUGGAGGCCCCAGGUGGCAGUGCAGGAGGUACUGGUGGUGCAGAGGGGCAUGAAGAUGGCCAGGGCGGCCAGUAUGGAUCUCCAGCUCCUGGUUUUCAGGGUAUCUCAGGUGGUUCCAUAGAGGAGGGUAGCCAUAGCGACUUUAGUCAUCCGAGUGGCCCUAGUGGUCUUGAAGUUCAGAGUACUCCAAGCAACCCGGACGAAGGUAGUGUGGUUAGAGAAGGAGUGGUGGCCGAAGUAGACGUUGGUGAAGAAGCAGUCGCUGCUUCCCAAAGUGAGCAGGCCCUGCGUACCCCAGGACCCAGUGGAGAUGCAGCAACCUCGGGUGUAGUAUCUGGAAGCCGACUCCUUGAGUUCUCUUUAACUGUGCCUUUCCGAUCACCACUGGAGGCAGAGAUGGCUCAGAGGUCCCUGGUCCCAGAUGCGCGCCAACAGGAGAUCAUUCACAAGGAGUUCACAGUGAAUGGCAGUGAUCUGGCUGUUAGAUGGACAACUGAAGACCCUGUUCUCUUCCGAACUUCUGUUAACACCUUCCUGGACCAGCUUUCUUUGGUGAUGAGAAAUAUUCGGCGCAUUGGGGUCCCAGCUCUGCUAAAACGAGGAAAAGGAAAGAAGCCUUAGUCCUAAUCUUUUCUCCUGCACUUGGCAAGACAUAGGGAAAUGAUAUUUUGGGUAACGGCCACUUUAUGAUCAAAGUCUGAAUUUUUUUUUUGUCUCUUGAUAUCUCUUGAUCUGUCUGUUUCCCUGUUGCUAAAGUAGUGGAUGCUUAAAUGCUGGUUAUGAAAGAAAUAAAACCAAGCUACUUUGUCUGA